AUGCGUGAUUCCUGUGCGCGAAGUUCGGGUCGGCUGUAAGCAAAAGGGGAGGGUUUAGAAGAGAGCGCACUUCCGGUGCCCUUUCUCCCGCGAGCUCUUCUGCUCCGGGCCCUCGUGUGCUGGUUGUGAUCUCCAAACUGGAGUGGGGUAGUGACAGGCGGGCACCCCCUCCUGACCUCCGGUGCUGCCGCCCUCAGAAUCAGAUAUGGCCCAGAAUUUGAAGGACUUAGCGGGACGCUUGCCCGCCGGGCCCCGGGGCAUGGGCACGGCUUUGAAGCUGCUGCUGGGGGCCGGCGCCUUGGCCUACGGCGUCCGAGAAUCCGUGUUCACUGUGGAAGGCGGGCACAGAGCCAUCUUCUUUAAUCGGAUCGGUGGCGUACAGCAGGACACCAUCCUGGCCGAGGGCCUUCAUUUCAGGAUUCCCUGGUUCCAAUACCCCAUUAUAUAUGACAUUCGGGCCAGACCCCGAAAAAUCUCCUCCCCUACAGGCUCCAAAGACCUGCAGAUGGUGAACAUCUCCCUGCGUGUGCUGUCUCGACCCAAUGCCCAAGAGCUCCCCAGCAUGUAUCAGCGCCUCGGGCUAGACUACGAGGAGCGAGUAUUACCAUCCAUUGUCAACGAGGUGCUCAAGAGUGUGGUGGCCAAGUUCAAUGCAUCACAGCUGAUCACCCAGCGGGCUCAGGUAUCCCUGUUGAUCCGCAGGGAGCUGACAGAAAGGGCCAAGGAUUUCAGCCUUAUCUUGGAUGAUGUAGCCAUCACGGAGCUGAGCUUUAGCCGGGAGUACACAGCUGCUGUAGAAGCCAAACAAGUGGCCCAGCAGGAAGCCCAGCGGGCCCAGUUCUUGGUGGAAAAGGCAAAACAGGAACAACGGCAGAAGAUUGUGCAGGCUGAGGGUGAAGCAGAGGCUGCCAAGAUGCUUGGAGAAGCACUGAGCAAGAAUCCUGGCUACAUCAAGCUUCGUAAGAUACGGGCUGCCCAGAACAUCUCCAAGACGAUCGCCACAUCACAAAAUCGUAUCUAUCUCACAGCUGAUAACCUUGUGUUGAACCUACAGGAUGAAAGUUUUACCCGAGGAAGUGACAGCCUCAUCAAGGGUAAGAAAUGAGCCUGAUGAGAAGAACUCUACCCCAGGGAGGAAGCAGAUGUAUUUCUCCUCCAGUUUUUGAGGAACCAGCUAGGGGUCCAGCAUACCCCAACCCCAAUAUCAUGUGAUGGUCCCCUCUGCACCCAUCCUCUUGAGCCCUCUUGGAUUAAGGAAGACUGAAGACCAGCCCUUCUUAGGGGAAUGACUUUCUUUCUCCCUGUGUUGGCCAGGGGGUUUGGGACAGUGUGUGAUUUCUCAGUGAUUUCCUACAGUGUUGUUCCCUCCCUCAGGUGGGAGGAGAUAACCACCAUACCAGGAAUUCUCAAUAAAUUUUUAUUACUUAAGCCAAAAUUAA